AAGAGUGGUGUGUUGAGGACAUUUACGAGGAUCGAUAGGGAUGAGCUGUGUCCGACGUCCGAUAGUUGCGUCAUCAAAAUCGACGUGGCGGUCCAGCCGGUCGAGUACUUUCGAAUACUCAGAGUAUUCGUUACCGUACUCGAUAUUAAUGACAAUCCACCGGUUUUUCCGAAACCUCAAGUUAUGAUUGAGAUACUCGAAAGCUUAAGUUCCGGUUCUUUUAUACCGAUACCGAUGGCGUCGGACCUCGACAGUCCUCACAACAAAAACAACAACGCCGUCAUCAAACCGAGCGAAAAACAUCCCAUAAAAAAUCCAUUCAAACUGCAGCUGGUCAACAAGCAGAUCUCCGACAAACAUACCGACGCUCGACUUGUCCUGACAAGCUCUUUGGAUCGGGAACGAAUAUCGAGUUACCGAAUGGUGAUCGUGGCCAGCAGCCAAAGAAACGCCGUCCUGACAGCCACCAUUGAGAUCGUCAUAAAUUUGAUUGACGUGAACGAUAACAAUCCGAUAUUCGAACGGAUGUCCUACCAGACGAGUAUUCUCGAGAAUACGCCAGUCGGUAGUUUCCUCAUCAGAGUGCAGGCUCAUGAUGAGGACAGCGGAUUGAAUGGAGAAGUAACGUACGAGUUCAGUUCAUUGACGGCUGGUUCGCACGGAAACAUCUUCCACCUGAACAGCACUACAGGUGAGAUACGGAACAAACAGGUACUCGACUACGAAAAGUCCAACUCUUACUACCUGACCAUUGUGGCCCAGGACCGAGGACCUGACCCCAGUCCAGUCACCGUCACCGUGUCCAUCUUCAUCGAGGACGAAAAUGACAACGCCCCUGAGAUCUCCAUCGUGACCAUCUCAUCCCAAGUUGGCGUCGGUGAAAUUGUCGAGAACUCAGCGCCAGCCACGUUUGUCGCGCAGGUCUCAGUGACUGACAAGGACAACAACGGAAACAAUAAAAAAUUUGAUUGCAGUCUACGAUAUGCCGAUUCCGAUCCCCUCAUGUCGAUCGAUUCGGAUACCGGCAUAAUCAAAGCCGUGGUCUCUUUUGAUCGUGAAUUGAUCAGCGAAAUAAAUUUUCUCGUAAUAGUCAGCGAUGGAGGCAGCAAGCCAAGAAGUUCCACCGCCAGAGCCCGACUUGUUAUAACCGACCUCAAUGACGAAAAACCGAUAUUUGAUCGAAACGAAUAUUCAUUUGAAAUUUCUGAAAACGAGCCGAUCAAAUCAAUAAUUGGGUCAGUUUUAGCGGUGGAUAGGGAUAGUGGUAUCAACGCAGUAGUUCAUUACGAAAUCGUUUCCAAUCACAUCACUCACUUGGGUCCGGAUGAUUCCGGCAUAUUUCUAAAUUUUCCAUUCUUUGAAAUCGACAAAAAUACCGGUUCAAUCAGCACAUCCCAAGUACUCGAUAGAGAAGCUAUAUCUAUGCACCGGUUUAUCGUCAUGGCAAUCGACGGCUGCGUUUUGUCCGCCAAAAGUUCGACAGCAUCCGUAAGGGUGAAGGUCCUGGAUGUGAACGACAAUGCACCAACGUUUGAUGUGUUCUCGUCUUUCGUCAACAAAACAUAUCAAGUGGGUGGGUUGCUUGGUCAUUGA